AUGCCCCGCUUCCUCAAACGCAUCUUCCCAGACCACCUCUUCCGCCGCGACGCCACCACCCACACCACAGACGUCUCGCACCUGCAGCGCUCCCGCCGCGUUCUCGUGCGACCAUCGACAAAUGCGCUGUAUGAGUCUUCGGCGUCCAACUGGCGGCUAGGCGGUGUUUUCUACGAGGGAGAAGGCGAGAGCGGGCGCGAAGAGCGGCGCGCAUUGAGAGACGGCGCGAGUGUGGCUGAGAGCGAGGCUGUUGUUGGUCUGGGAAGCGGGUAUGGCGAAAUACCGAUUGAAGAGGUGCAUGGGCGCAAGGAGAGUCGUGCGAGGAGACGGUUGAGUAAGAGGCACAGGAUGCCUGUUUGA